UCCGGUUCACAUGUAAACGCUACAGCGUGAUUUUGAAGCAGGCAUUUAACAGAAACAUUUAUCUCUCUGUGAUCAUGAAGCUGCUCACGCACAACAUGUUGACGUCUCACGUGAAGGGGGUCACUAACGGAUACCCGCUGCUCAUCAAGGCGACUGAGGUGAAGGUGAAUGACGUGGAGUUCAACCCUCAGUUUAUCAGCCGGAUGAUCCCCAAACUGGAGUGGAGCGCUCUGGUCAAAGCUGCAGAGGAGUUGGGUCAUCGACAAGACCUGCCUGGUGAGCUGGUGCCAGAGUACGAGAAAAACGAAGAGUUCCUGAAGAAGGUGCACAGAGCGCUGGUUGAGGUGGAGGUGAUAGAGGGUUGUCUGCAGUGCCCUGAAUCAGGACGUGAAUUCCCCAUCACUAAAGGAAUCCCAAACAUGCUGCUGAACGAAGACGAGGUUUAGACUCUCACACACAACCUCAUCCCACGCUUGUCACUCAGACGGGACGGUGUGUGUUCGGAGAGAGAGAGGGGAGGCUGGACUCUGGUUUGAGUUGGUGCCAUAAGAAAACAGGCCACACUAUUUGGUUGAUUGUAGUUCUGACAUAUAAGUGGCUGGUGUUGACUCUGGAGGAAAGAGAUUUGAUUGAAUCAGAUGGAAAGGUUCCCCUGAGAAUAAUCCAAGUGGUUUUAUCUCUAUUUAUUUUUGUAACUUUUUUGGUCUUUCUUUUUUCAUUUUCAAUAAAACAGUCCUGAUUUCCAUGACAG